UAACUACACUAUCUAGUGCACUUAUAUAGAGGAUAUUACGGGGUUUGGGAGUUAACCAUAGUCGGGUUUUACCCGUAACAGUAAAAGUGUACGAUAUUAAACAAGAGGCUGAAACCGAGUGAUAAUUAUCUUAUUUACUGGUUUUAUCGAGUCUGUUGAGGUUGGGGAAAGGAGAAGAUGUCUACAGGUGAUGUGAAGGGAGGUCUGAGGAAGCUGCAGGCAUCUCUCAGAUCUGUAAAAUACCCCAGAGAUGUGGACUAUCAGGGCUUAGCUAAAGGAGAUCCGUCAUGCUGCCUGCCCAUCGUCAGUUAUGUCUUCACCUCCUUCUCCACCUCCGUGGCUGAACACCUGGUGGAACACGGCAUCGAGCUCGCAGGAAAAAACGACCUGAGCUUCGUGGAGUCCGUUUACAAGGUCCUGCGUGAUCUCUUCAGUUACAAACCCCUGUUAACUAAGCAGCAAUUCCUGCAGUUCGGUUUCGCCGAAAGAAAGCUCGCUCUUCUCUGCGACAUCGUCGGCUUCGUCCUGGACAAACACAAACAGCUCACUAAAGGCUCUAAGUCUGCUGGUGUGCUGAGGAGGAGGCAGCUCUCUCACUCCGACUCCAAAUCUGUGGACUGUUCUCCACCCAGAGAGACCCAGAAGACACCAAGCCAGAAAAUCGUUUCGAGCCGGUCGCUGGUGGAAAGGCACCCGAGACUCCAGAGAUCUCCAGCACACCUCAGCUUGUCCUCAGAUCAGGAUGAGAACGAGGAGCACAGGCAGAAACCUCACGACCAAUAUGUUCCUCAACCUGCUGCUCACACAGAGUGUGUGUCGGAGAGCAGGUUGCGAGCAGUGGAGGCCGGUCUGCAGCAGUGUGUGUGCAGGCUGGAGCAGCAGCUGAGCAAGCUGGACACCAGAGUGCAGGAACUGGAGAAGAGCACAGCUGGAAAGAUCUAUAUAGAGCGCAGUGCAUGGGAGGAGCUGGAGAACCGGGUACUGCUGCUGGAGACCGGACUGACGUUAACCCGAGCUCAGGGCCCGAUGAGAACGGGUGGGGUUAUGAGUUUGGAAGGGAGCCCACAUCAUGAUGAGAGUGUAGUUAUGGAGUGGGUUAAAGAGCACCAAACCUCACCAGCUAACCAAGUGUCAUCAUCUUCAGAGGAGAAUAUUAAAGAGAGACUGGAGAGAAUAGCCAGUAUGAUGAAGGACACAUCCAGCCUCCUGAAGAGCAUCGAGCCGUCGAUAUAAGUUUAAAAUCAUCAAGGGUGUUUAAGACGUGCGAUACAAAUGAAUGUAGAGGUGCAUAGUGAAGGAAAACCUCCUCAGGGGAAAUUUAUCAUGGAGUUCAUUUACAUUUUCUAAGCUUGGAUGCUGUUUUUUCUAACGCAAUGUGACUAUUUAUUCUCAGUAGUCUUAAGUGUCAUUAAAGUUUCUUGUCCAGUAGAUGUCGCUGUAACCCUGUACUUCACAGGAACGUGUUUCUGCUGCCCUCUAUCGUCGAUGAUGUGCAUGACCACUAUUCUCUCAGCACAGAGCUGAAAACAUGUUGUAUUUAGUUUGUAUUAUUUCUAUCACCCAGGCCUUUAGAUCAAGUAAAACCACACAGGUGAUGAAUGA